AUGGAAGAAGAUAUUUCAAUCAAGUAAGUAAGUUGAUAUUUAAAUUUAAGAAAAUCACUAGAUGUAAAAUAAAAUGAAAUAUUAUUAUUACAAAAUGAUAUGCAUUUUAAAAAGGAUGAAUUAGCUUAGGAAUAAUAAUUACACUAUAAAUCUUAAUACUAAAUUUUAGAUAGGAAAACUUAAUAAUCCUAUUUUGAAUAAAAGUUAAAUUAAGUACAAGUAGAAUUACAAUAACUAAAUUUAAUAAUUAAAUAAUAGUAAAAUUAGACUAUGGAUUAUAUUUAAUAAAUUUCAGAUAUGAAAAAUUAAAAUUCUGAAUUACAGCUAAGGAUGUCAAAAUUUGAUGAAGAAACAACAGAAAUUAUUAAGAAGUUUAAGUAAAAAAUUCGAAUAUAAAUUUAAAGUUAAGAAAUUCUAACAUUGAAAUUAAAUUAUGAUAUAUAUGAGCAAUCCUAUAAAUAAUUGGAAACAAUUAUUGAAAAAUUAAAUGAAUAAAUAGAUUUUUAAGAUGAAUCUAAACAAAAAAAUUAUCAUUUAAAGUAAUAAGUAUUGAAUAUAAUUUUUAGUGAGCAUUCCCAAAAAAAUCUUAUUAAACAGUUAUAAGAUUAAUUGUAAAAGAGUAAUUAAUAAAUAAAAGAUUAAUAUUAACAAACAAUUUAGGUAACCAACUCAGUUUCUAUACAAACAGAUACAAUUAUUUUAAAAUAGGUUAUUUAAAAUGAAGAAGUUAAAUUAAGGGAUGUGGAAUAUACUAUAAACUUUAUUAUCAAUAAUUUGGAUAUUAUGAAGGAAAAAAUUAAUUAAAAUAAAAAUAAUAUAAAUGACUUACUAAGUUUUAAAUAAAUGAUUUCUAAUUAAAUAACGAAAUAAUUGGGAGUAGUAUAAGAUAAUGAUUAAUGACAGGAAUCAACUUAAAUUCUUACUCCUUGAUAUAUUGAAAAAAAAGAAAAUAAAGAAAUUGAGUAUCUUACCUUAUAGAUUCAAAGUUUAGAAUUAUUGCGAAUUGAGAAGAUUUCUAAGAUUUAUGAACUGUAAUUGUAAUUAUAAAAAUAAGAAUAAUAAAUAGAAAAUUUAAAAUUCAAAGAAACUGAAAAACAUUUUUUGGAUCUUAUUGUAUCAAAUAGGCAAUAAUUAUGUGAAUGCAAAUUAUAAUAGGAAUACAAUAAAUAAACACUUGAUAAUUAAAAUUAUGGUCGUAUUAAGUAAUUAAAGAGUUUAAAUUUAGAAAAUGAAAAUCAAGGUUCUUAAAUAAUAUUUUCUUGAUAGGUUGAGGCAUAAUUGGAGAUAGCCAAAGAAAAUUUACGUUUAAGAAAGAAGAUUGCAAUUUUAGAGAAUUAAGAAAUGAAAUAAAGUUGA